CUGAUCUUAAUCCCAAACACUCGCAGAUGGGGGAUUAAUCGCACCCUGCCUGCGUGUGAGUGCUCUGUUGCCCUUUGCAGGAGAAUGGGGGGCCGUGCUCUCCCACGCAGGAGGCCGGGCUCUGGGGACAUUCUCCAUGCCAGUGCAGACGCUCUGCUCACUGGCACCGUGCACGUCCAGGGGCAGGAGCUACCCAGCACUGUGACAGAUGCUGGUGCGUCUGGAGGCCUCUCUUUCACGAUGGACGAUCUGGACCACAGUGUGUACAUUGCAGAGCAAGACUGGGACUGCUUCUUCCAGGAGAGUGAGGAAUGCAACCUUCAGCAGGUGGCGCUAGCUGGCCUAGACGAUUCAGGCCUGAGUGACUUUGAUGAAGCUGAAUUUUGCCUCUCAAACCAGGAGGUGCGGCCCCGCCUGGUGUUGGGUCCCUUGGGGUCUCGCAGUUCCAUAGACAGCUCCUCAGACUCUGAAGGGCCGCCUGUUGAACCUCAUGAGAACUCCAAAGACAUUCAAGGUCCUAAGGAUUCUCUCUGUGCUGGGGGGAAUGAGGAAGCUAUGAAUGUGUUCUUUGAAAGCACUGUGGCCUCUGGGGAUGAUGAGGACACUGCAGGACUCAGCUAUGCUGGGCAGGCGGGUGCAGAUCUUCCCAAAGACUCCAGCCUGGAUGAACCCCAAGGAGCUACAUGGCCAGCUGGUGCUUGCUGUUCUGCACAUGGGGGAGAAGUUUAUCACGAGACACCCAGGGACUGUGAGGAUGCAAUAGGCAGCACAAGCAGAGAGCCUGUGAUUCAAACGAAUGCUGCUACAACAAUCAAUCUGUCUGCAGAAUCAGUUCCUCAAGGAGAGAUAGUACUCCAUGCUUCAAAUUGCGCUGAUGUCAAAUUUGCAUUAUCAAGCCUCCAAGCCUAUAAUGAGCAUGGAUAUUACAGAGCCAACUCUGAAGGGGAAGCCUGCUCUGUGCUGAAAGGAUCGCAGGGGGAAAUGAACAUGGAAAUAGAAGAGUCAGACGCUGGGCAAUUAUCUUUGAUGAGGCCCUCUACCUCAUUCAUCGACCCUCAGAAGGGUUCAAUGAACGUAGAAGCACAGUCUGACGCUAAUAUCCCAGCCAGAGCUGAGAACCUCAGUGACUGUGACAAGCCUGCUAGGAAAGAAAAGGAACGCUGGUUUGUGACCGUUAAUAGUAGCCAGACCAACUCCAGAGACAAAACCUGGCCACCGGUAAAAAAAAAAAGAAGAAAAAAAAGUUGCAGUGAAGAUGGACCUGAACUGGGCACUGGGUCCGAGGGGCAGGACUCAGACCUUGAGAGUAAUUCAGGAGCAGUGAGACUUGGAGUUUCUGAGCCACAGAGUCAGGAAAUGUACAAUAACCCCAAUGACUGCAGACCUGCUGCAGAGGGGUCUUGCUCUAGUGAAUCCACUGAACCCAUCCCAUUAACCACAGCACAGCACCACAAAUUUAGAAAUGAUCCCAGUUUACUGAUGCUUUCACAGGAACUUUUGCCAAUAUUUCAAACUACUUGUGAGUUUGACAAAAACAAAGUAAACUAUCAGAAAUCCCAGCAUAUAGAUAAUCACCUAGAACAACAAAAAGUGUCAAUUGGAAGCAAUUUGCAAAUCAAUCCCAAUCACCAGAACCUUCUGGUGAAACUGCUUUUUUCAACUCAAAGUGACACUGGUUGUGAGAUGUUAGUCUUCUGUAAGGAUUCUCAUCAGGAGAAUCUUCCAUUCUCUGAAGAAGAAAGAGCAUCACAGGAGGAUGCACUGUGUCUGCUGUACUCACAGACUGAAAGGUGUCCAGAACGCAGCAUAUUCUCCUCAGAGACAUCAAUCCCUAUUGAAAGCCUUACAAGCAGUUAUGCCUUUGACGCCACUCCUGGUUUCCACUCAUUGGACAAAUGUUUGAGCGCAGAUAAUCAGGUUGACUUGGAAUCUAAAAAGUUUCUGCAAAUUACAGAAGUGCCCAAACCUAGUGGGCUAUUAGUGUCUGAAAUAAACAAUGGUUCUGGUGAACCCGACCAGUCAAAUGUUUUAGUAACACCAGAUAAAGUCCAAAACAGUCCAGAAAUGACUAAUACACAACUAAUACACUCAGAAGACACAAGCAUGGUGUGUUUAUAUGGUGGUGAAGGAGGCGCACCAGGACAAUAUGUAAUCCCUGAAAGAGACUCCACUCUCUCUGCUUCUGCAAAUACUCAGCCCCUAACGGUUACGGUGAAUUCUUGCUUACUAUCUGCAGAUCAGCAAAGCAUAGAAAAAAAGCCCUAUUUAGAACCUGCCACAUUGCACCCUGUAGACAUAACUGUUUCAAAUGCACACUCUGUUGACCUAAGCCCUAAUAAAAGCUCAGUCAUGAUGCUUAGGGACUCCAUCUCCCAUGAUCCUGAGAGGAACAAGGAUGUCCUCACAGGAGAUGGCCUGUGCCUAAGAAGUGAGAAUGUGUCACAGGCCGACAGUGCAGACAAUUUCACUUUCCCAGAAUGCAUGGACCGUCCCUUAGAUGUAAUCAAAGGUGAAGUACAGGAGUUGGAUAGAGAAGAGACAUUAGCUGAGGACACGCCUACUGCAGGCCUCAGUGCUGCUGAGUCUCCAGAGUUCAACAAUAAGAGCACCUUGGAAGAUGAACCUGUUCUCCCAAAAGAACCAGUGUUCCACACGGGAGACAGACUAGAGGACAGGGAGCCGGAUCUGUCCCUGGAUUCCACCCGCCCAGUUUAUGCAAUAUCUUCUUUUUGGGAUGAGAUGGAAAAGUUAACAAUAAAUGAUAUCUUACACCUGAGGUUAGUGAGUAAUGCCCAGUACCCCAGGGACUUUCCCCACCUAGAAGACACUGCCGUGGCUGAUGUUUCGGAUGCGGCAGACUCUGGCUACUUUCCCCACCCUGAUGACUCCAAGCCUGACCGCUGGACUGGGGACGCCUCCCUUUUUUCAGAUUUUGAAGAUGAGUUCCAGCAACAUCUCGGUGCCAGCGCAAACCCCAGCCCUGAACCCCAAGACACAAAGUCGCCGGUGUUGUGGUCACCAGAGCCUAGUGGGUUGUGGUGGGAAGCCGAACCCGACCUUGCCUGUAUUGGGCCUGAUAACAAUGCAGCCGAAAGGCUGGUGAUUCCCUCAGAGGACUCCAUUUCCCAGCAUCUGUUCUCUGACUCUGAUACCCAGAGCUUCAGGACUAUGUGUAAGACUGCGACUGUGCAAAAUCUGCAGAUUCUGGGGGAAGAGGCACAGUCUUCUAUGCCCUUGCCAGUGACUGUUGGAGGGGAGGAUGAAAGCAGCAUGCGACUCAGCCUUCAGCAGAGACUGGCGGAAACUUGCAGCUUGGCUCCAGCCGAGCAUGGAAAUGAUGAGAGCAGCUUGCCUCUGCCUCUUCUUUUUGGAAAAGCCUCAGCACAGAACUAUGUGGUGUCUUUCCCUGAAAUGUCAAACCAUUUAUUUUGUGAAGAUGAAGCUAAGAUGCGUCUGCCAGACAGAGCAAGCCCUAUUGUGUGCUCACUGUCUGAGACAAAUCUGUCAGACAGAGCUAGCCCUAUUGUUGUCUCCCUAUCUGAGACAAAUCUGUCAGACAGAGCUGCCCCUAUCUUAUGCCCCCUAUCUGAGACAAGUCUGACAGACAGAGCUUGCCCUACUGUCUACUCGAUAUCUGAGACAAAUCUGUCAGACAGAGCUAGCCCUAUUGUUGUCUCCCUAUCUGAGACAAAUCUGUCAGACAGAGCUGACCCUAUCUUGUGCUCCCUAUCUGAGACAAGUCUGUCAGACAGAGCUAGCCCUACUGUCUACUCCAUAUCUGAGACAAAUCUGCCAGACAGAGCAAGCCCUAUUGUGUGCUCACUGUCUGAGACAAAUCUGUCAGACAGAGCUAGCCCUAUUGUUGUCUCCCUAUCUGAGACAAAUCUGUCAGACAGAGCUGCCCCUAUCUUAUGCCCCCUAUCUGAGACAAGUCUGACAGACAGAGCUUGCCCUACUGUCUACUCCAUAUCUGAGACAAAUCUGUCAGACAGAGCUAGCCCUAUUGUUGUCUCCCUAUCUGAGACAAAUCUGUCAGACAGAGCUGACCCUAUCUUGUGCUCCCUAUCUGAGACAAGUCUGUCAGACAGAGCUAGCCCUACUGUCUACUCCAUAUCUGAGACAAAUCUGUCAGACAGAGCUAGCCCUAUUGUUGUCUCCCUAUCUGAGACAAAUUUGUCAGGCAGAGCUAGCCCUAUUGUUUGUUCCCUAUCUGAGAUGAGUUUGUCAGACAGAGCUAGCCCUCUUGUCUACUCCCUAUCUGAGACCAGACUGUCAGACAGAGCUAGCCCUAUUAUUUGUUCCCUUUCUGAGACAAAUCUUUCAGACAGAGCUAGCCCUAACUUAUGCUCCCUAUCUGAGACAAGUCUGAGAGGCAGAUCUAGCCCUAUUGUGUUCUCACUGUCUGAGACAAAUCUGUCAGACAGGGCUAGCCCUACUGUCUACUCCAUAUCUGAGACAAAUCUGUCAGACAGAGCUAGCCCUAUUGUUGUCUCCAUAUCUGAGACAAAUUUGUCAGACAGAGCUAGCCCUCUUGUCUAUUCCCUAUCUGAGACCAGACUGUCAGACAGAGCUAGCCCUAUUAUUUGUUCCCUAUCUGAGACAAGUCUGACAGGCAGAUCUAGCCCGAUUGUCUCACUCUGUGACAGGGCACCGAGUAGCCUUUCCCUACCUGAGACCUAUGACUAUUUCUUCUCUGACUAUGACAGCGGGGAUGUUUUCUUCUCUCCAAUGCGGAGACUCAGCAACCACACAGACUCAGGUGUUCCCAUUUUUUCCUGCUCAGUUAAGCGGGACUUCCAGUACGUGGAGGAAUAUGAUUUCUUUUUUCCUGGAGACUCACCAGUUGAAUCAGAAGAUGAGGAUAGGCACUCACCAAUCCACGUGGUCACACGCUUUGAAGACCAGGCCCAUGAUCCCCUGGACACCUUGGUGGGAACAGAUGCUUAUGAACACCUUUUCACAGGAAAGUAUUUGAGGGGAAAUCUCUUCUGGAGGAACCUGCUGUCUCUGAGAAGGCUGAGGUUCACAGGAGGGCUGUACAGCUCUCAUGAUAGGUCCUCCUCCUGGGCAUGUGCAGUCACAGACUGGAGGGAAAGAUCAUCACUCCUUAGGACAACUGAGCCAGGACAUAUCAUGGAUGAUCGAGGCACCAGCUAUCCUCAUCCAAACAUCUACCUGGAAAACCAGCUCUGUAAUGAAUUCAGGGAGCAGAGAGACACAGACAUGCAGACAGUUGUCUCUCUUCCAAAAAAGGCCUUCCUCUUCACACUCAAACAGUCUGACAUAUGCUUGGUUUGCAUUGCAUUUGCCUCUUGGGUCCUGAAGUCUGCCAACCCACAGUCAGCGGACACUUGGAAAACAGCUCUCCUGGCGAACGUGAGUGCCAUCUCAGCUAUCCAAUACCUGCGAAGAUACAUGCGAGAGGGAGGAUCCGAAAACAGGAGAUGACAUCCAGCCUGUGCGCUUCAAUCCCAUCUGCAGCAGAGCUUUUCCAGGAUACUCUACUUCCAGGGACCAGCGCUCAUGAGUGGUUUGUUGUAGAUUCACUGUGAUGAACUUUUCUUCCCACAGUGGUGCAAAGGUUAAGAGAAUCGUAUUUUGAAACA